CCCGAGAUACGGUUUUCAGAAUUCACAAACUUUAUUAUAAAUAAAAUACAAAGCGUCGCUCGUCUCUUUGUUUCUCACAAUUAUAUCAUCAAAGCGACAAGUAUAAUAAUAAAAUUUUGCAUCCUCUGUAGGGGAAUCCUGAGCGUGAAAUGAAAUUAUCUUCGCCCCAAUGAACUCUGAUUCACGGCUCAUUUAAAGAGCAGCGUCUCAAACAUUUGAUAACAUGUGAAUAACCUAACACAUACAGUUACCGCAUAAACAUAACUUCUGCACGAUAAAUAUUGUGGUUUGCGGUAUUUUUCGUGAAUAGAACAAAGAUUUAGGUUAUUAAUGCUAGAUUAUAUACCUACAUAAGUGGGUCCAUACUUUUGUUUUUGUUCAAUGGGUAUUAAACAAGCAUAUGGCCCGCCUGAUGUUAAGCGUCCAUCAUAGCCGACGCUUGAGACACAAAAAUAUCACUCACACCGUUGUCUACCCUGACCUAAUCCCCUACCCUGUUGAGCCUGGAACCUUACACACAGACAGAAACGCAACACCACCAAAAGGUAGAGUCUGUGAGGAAAGAGAAUGGGAUUUAGAUUGGAGGGCGCUGUAGUGCUUUUCUACCGCAUUUGUAAUGUUUUACCCCUUUUAGACAUGAUUAAAUACAAAAAACCGCAAGAAAUCACAACUACAAACAAAUACGUAUCAAUACAAAACUUUGACGUUUUACAGAUUGCUGGGUUUGAUUGCCAAAUAAAAAUCUUAAUGUUAGUUCCGUUUUCCACGCCCAUUCUUUCUCCGCACAGAUUCUAGUGUUAUUUUUCUGUGGUAUUCUGUAAGGCGAAGGUUCGCUGUGCCCUAUCUUUUUUAAAUCAGAAGAUCACAGUAACAACAAUUACCUACCUUUUGGUGGUUUUGUUUAACUGUCGAUGAGUAAGGUUCCAGGGCUCCACGGAGUACAUCUGGGUGGGCAACACUGUCGCAAAAUCAAAUUGGACUGUGAAAAUCCAAAGCUACACGAAUAUCAUUUAUCUGCUGUGCGUUAUCGGGAAGUUCCCUCGCGCUCGUUUAAAAACUGUAGUGUAAGACGAGCCAGCAUCAUUCGCUUCCCAGCGUCCCGUGUCAUAUGCAGUACAGUCUUCCUCCACACUCCGCCCUAAACAUGUGGUCCCUCGUGCUGCCGCUGGCGCUGCUCUUCGCAGGGGUGUACAGCCAGAACGCCGCCUCCAUGACCCUCAACUCCGACGGCUCCUCGCUCUUCGCCACCAAGCUGGGCUUGGCCCACACCGAUAAUAAUGCACUCAGCGCCUUGUUAUCCAAGUCCUCAACGGGAGCCAUCAGCAAAGGACUCGCUUUAGAUAAUGUGAAUGGCCACGGUCUGUCAGUGUCCCAGACAAACAUUCCUGGCUUCGGCAGCCAGCUGACCGGUGCGGGGAAGCUGAACCUGCUCCACAACCAGAACCACAACCUCAAUGCCAACGCCUUCAUCACCAAGAACAUGCCCAACAUCCCGCAAGUGCCCAACUUUAAUACAGUUGGAGGCAACCUGGACUACAUGUUCAAGGACCGUGUGGGCGCGACCCUGGGCGCUGCCAGGACCCCAUUCCUGGACCGCACCGACUACUCAGCGAUGGGCAAGCUGAACCUGUUCCACUCUCCCUCCUCCUCCGUGGAUCUCAACGCUGGGUUCUCGAAGUCCGUUUCCCCCCACUUCAACACCAACUGGCAACCAUCAGGAGGAUUGACCUUCACCAAAUUCUGGGGAUAAACAACUGCUGUACUCAUUGUGAUUGUAAAUAGUAUAUAUGUUUAGUUUGUUAUAAGAUUAGAUUUAAAUUAUGGUGAUUCGAAAGAAAAAACAUUAUGACAAAUGUUUUUUGGAAGCAUAAUUCUAAAAAUCCUUAACUGACUGAUAGCACACAAGGAUAACCUGGAUCAACUAACGAUAUUAUUAAAUAUUGUUUCUGAUUAAGUAGUCAUUAUAAUUUUAAGUAAUUAUUUAAAAUAGAUAUACAUAUAUAAUAAAUGAAUUACCAAUAUUA